AUGGUUCCAAGAUCCCGUCCUCUAUUUAAAACUUCUCAUUCCUCUGGUUCUAGCAAGCGAGAUAAAGGAAGUAAACGUCCCAGUGUAACAAAGGUGCAGAUUAUAACGGCCAGUAAGUUGCAUCAGCAGCUUGUGAAAUCUAAAGGAUCAGAAGAAGCUUCCCCUAGCGGGCAUAUGGAAACAUUUGAGGGGAAACUGAACUAUUUACUGGAUUCUGAAGGAGGGAUUAGCAAGCGGAAGGAUUCAACAAAAGGGUACUUGAAACUUCUUCUUCUCACUGCAGCUUCCCGAGGCAAUGCCAACAAUGAAGGAAUCCAAAGCAACCGAGAUCUUUCAAUGAUUCUCGAUGCCCUUUUGAAGACAAAGUCACGUGCUGUUUUGAUGGAUGUAAUCAACAAAAAUGGCCUGCAAAUGCUACAUAAUAUCAUGAAACAGUAUCGAAGGGAUUUUAAAAAGACUCCAAUACUCCGGAAACUUCUGAAG